AUGGCGGUCUUCAAGAGCCUGCUUGCUGCUCUGACCGGUGCCGUGUUCGUACUGGCUCAGUCUGCCACCCAAUACGUCGAUUCUUUCAGUGGUAUUACCUUCCUAGGUUACACGGACCCGGAGCUGGAUGUGACUGUUGGCUUCGUCCUUCCCCCCCUCUCAACUCCCCCAUCCAAUGAAUAUAUUGUCCAACUUGUGGCGCCUGUCACCAAUGGCUACACAGGCCUCAGUGUAGGCGGCACCAUGGCAGACAGUCUUCUGUUCACCCUCUGGCCAUACGACAACGAAAUUAUCCUUGGCCCUCGUUGGACUUCCGGCUACGUUCUACCGCUUGCAUACGCUGGCCCGCAGAUCACGCUUUUGCCUAGCUCGGCCGUCAAUAGCACCCACAUCAGGGCCACGUUUAGGUGCCAGAACUGCACUACCUGGGAAGACGGAUCUCUCGGCAACGGUGACCUCACCUCCGAUUCGGUGGUCGCUUACGUUGUCGCCACAACCACCCAGCCAUCGGAUCCCGCUGACGUCGACUCGGUCAUUCAGGAGCACGACGACUUCGACUUCUUUGGAUUGGAUCUGUCAUCGGCACACUCUGACUCUUACAGCUCCUAUAUCAGUGGUAGUGCCACCACUUCUGCUGUGCCAACCACUACCGGCCUCCCGAGCACUACCAGCAGUAUCCCGUCCACCACCUCAUCGGCACCCACUGCAGUCCAGACCGAGUGCGGAGGUACCGGUUACACUGGCCCGACUGUCUGUGCUUCGGGCCUCACCUGUGUGGCUGUUUCCGCGCCUUACUACUCCCAGUGCCAAUCGUAG